CUCUGCUUGUCGUCUUCGAAAACCAUCAAAAACAGGUGCACCCCCCUAACCCCCUUUCACCUUUACUUCACCUCCCCCUACUCCUCCUUAACCCUAAACCCAAACCCAAAUUCCUUCAUUUAAUCACAACAAUUUCCAUUUCUCUCUCUCUCUCUCUCUGAUCCUAACUUUUCUAUAUAUAUAAUAGGGUACACCAACACACCCCCUUGUUCAACUGUUUUCGCCAUGAAGCGUCCGAUCCCCCGCGACGGCGACGGCAACGGCAACGGCAACGGCGACCUCCUCAAGAUGAAGAAGGUUAAGGUGGACGGCGAUGCCAACGCCGAAGAGAAUUGUGUCCUCCGGGGGAUGCGGUAUUUCGAUGACAACGUGCUGUUCGAGGUGCUGAAGCACGCGGACGCGAGGACGCUGGCUAUGGCCAGCUGCGUUAACAAGCAGUGGCACAAAACUGCACAGGAUGAGAGGCUUUGGGAGCUGAUCUGCACCAAACAGUGGGCAAACACCGGCUGCGGCGAGGAACAGCUCCGAUCCGUCGUCCUUGCCCUCGGCGGUUUCCGUCGUCUCCACUCCCUUUACCUAAGGCCUCUCUCUAAGCCAUACUCUUCUUCAUCGUCAUCGUCAUCGUCAUCGUCAUCUCCCACUUCCUCCUCCGUUUGGGGUCCCAUCUCUCAGGCGCCGGUGGCUCCUCGGCCGAAGCCCCUGCCUCCUCGUUUGGGUAAAGACGCCGUACACCUCUCCCUCUCCCUCUUAUCCAUUCGCUUCUACGAGAAGAUGUCUAAUUUCAACAACCGAACCAGAUGAAUCUUCUUUAUUCUCUUCUCUCCCACGUCUAAUGGACCUUCUUCUUCUUCUUCCCUUAUUGUUAUGUCUUGAGAAUAUUUUUAUUUCUUUCUUUCUCUUAACUAAAUGUGACGCAAGUUUUGUAUUUCAGUAUUGCUAGAUCUGGUUUCUUAUUUGUAAAUUGAGGAGAAGAAAAUGCUUCAAGUAUUGUAUUAUAUGUACUUUGAAUUCGAUGAAUAUAAAAGUAAAAGUGAUCAAAUUAUUAUUA